CUAUUUAUCCACAUUUAGGCCACUAGUGAAACAUGAAGUAGAGAAAAAUAAAGCUCAGUGGAAAACUAUGGGACCAGCAAAAGUUGAAGUGCCAUCUUCAAAAAACUUUCUGCGGAAACAUUCAAAGGAACCCAAGCUACCAGCAAGAAAAAAGGAACAGGAUAGUAAGAAAUUGCCUGCAUUAUCAGUGCCACGGAGGACAGAUCACCCAGUUAUGGGAAUUCAGAGUAAUAAGAAUUUUAUAAAUACAAAUGCAGUUGCUGCUGUCACAGGAUUGCCUAAAAAGCCUCAACCUAUUUGUGUUGAUAGAAGACAGGGAGAUAAAUAUCUACUUGAAACUUCAGGACUUGUUCCAAAAUAUAUUAAAAAAAAGGAUUAUGGUGUUACACCAAAAUAUAUAACACGGAGGAAUGAAGAAAUGAAGAGAGCUCAGAAAGAAUAUGAGGACAAUAUCUUGGAACAACUGAAGGAAAGAGCCAUGAAACAGUUAUCUGAUGAAGAAAGGAUAAGUCUUCUGCAGGGGCUGAAAAAGAACUGGGAGGAAGCCUAUCGUGAAUUUCAGUGUCUUCCAGUAGAAAUAGACAGCAUAUCCAAGAAGAUGCAUAAAGAAAAGCUGGAAUUACAGAUGAAGCAACUGGAGCAUGACAUAGAAGUAUUUGAGAAACACAAAGUUAUCUACAUUGCAAAUGAGUAAGGACUGUUUUUCAGAUCUCGCCUCUUUCCUCCUUUUCUUUUUCUCUAUUCCUAAAUCUCUAAGAAGCACCCCCCUAAAUUAUCAGAAGAAAUUGACAUGGCCAACUAUUCAGAAGGAAAUAUUCAACUAAUAGAAAAAUUG